CUCUUCCCUGAACUCCGACAACGUCUUGUUUAUAUUCAAACAGUCGAUUUUCCCAAUUUUUCCGCAGCAUUAUUUUUCCUUCACUGUUUCUCCGCUAUAUGUAAUCGCGUCCAGAUAUCCUCAGCUUCUCUUCUCCGUGAAUGAUUUUGUGCUCUGAUGCGUCUUCUCAAUGGCUGGUGAUACGUCGACAUGAAUGGAUUGUGAUUUCCGGAACGCGUAUCGGACGUGUUUUUUUUUCGGCUGUUUAACGCAGAAUCUCGGAAUUCGGUUCAGAGGUGUCCGGAAUUGAAGUGUCAUUAGUUGAUCCAUCGUGUCAUCAAUAUAAUUAAUGAGCUGUUUGGUUGGGCUGAAGAGGAAUCUCGUGAUCUGCGCUCAAAGGUGUGAUGAGGGUUCAGUGAAAAAUGAUGCAAGAAGCAAUGGGAAACCUUGAAUAUUUGAGGCCGUCGUGAAGAAGCUGUUCAAGAAAAAUCAGAUAAUCGAAGUGUUAACUACAAAGCGAAUCUCCUAAUAAGAAUCUCAAUAUUGUCGAUAUGAUAUGAAAAGCGUUUGAUGUGUAUAGUUAAGAGCAAAGUGUAAAGGCUGUAAAAUAUAUUGGAUUAAAAUUUAUUCUCCUAUUGAAGAAGAGCCUGCUAAAAAUCUUUUUUUCUGUGCUCAAUCUGCAAGUUGAGCUGUUUAUCAUCCAUUGGUUGAUUACAAGAUUGGAGGAUGAGGACCGUGCCAGUGAAUGCUGUUCAUUAGUUCCCUGAAGACGAUGUCCAACCGCAGAACCAACCAUAGCAGGAAGGAAUUUUAAGUACACGCUGCCUACCUUCCUGUACAACAAAACUGGCAUCCGCAGUGCAAUUUUCGUAACUCACACGCCUCUAUCAAGGUUAGCCCCCACCACCCCCUAAAUGGCCCCAUGGCUUCGUGUAGCCGUGCGCACGCCAUCAAUGCGGUGUUGGUGGCUGGAUUCCUGCUGAUACUGCUCAAUUUGCUCGGCUCUCGUUGGGACUCUACACCGAUAGGUCUGCCUCGGAUGGGAACCACACAAUGGCCGAAACGCACAAGAAUCAGUUCCGACCGGUUCGUUCAAGUUCACGCGCUAAAUCAGAACCGAAGCGCCGAUAGCAGCAGCAAUGGCACAAACAAUGCUAACCAUAGUCCCCACUCCAACUACAAUCAGUCCGGGUCCCUCCAGCAAAUAAAUCCCCACGAUAAUACUAACACUCCCGCUGUGCAAUCGCCAAAAUCUCAAAAGUUCAACGAAUCUCAACCGACGGCGAGUGACAGCCUCAGCAACGAUACUAAUCUUAGAUGGUUAAGUAGCAAAAAUUCCAGUAGCAUUAGCGAUAACAGUGAGAAUCUCCUAGAUGUUGUAAGUAGUAAAGAGCCCAUAACCAAUAGUAGCGGUAAGAAAAUUGUUCCUGGAGCACAGCGUCAGCAGCAAAACGAAACUUUACAGACUGAAGGAGGAAGCAGUGACAAUGGCACUCAGCUGUUGAACAGCCUCGUGAAAAUUCUCGGUGGAAAGAGUUGUCCACCUAUUCCGCCAAAUUUGGAUGGUCCCGUCGAAGUGGACCCCACUUUCGAAACGCUCUCGUCGGUGGAACUAAAGCUGUCCACCAAGCUGCAGCCCGGUGGUCAAUAUACUCCUCGCGAGUGCACAGCUCACGACCGGGUGGCAGUCAUCGUGCCCUACCGGGACCGUGAGCAUCAUUUACCUGUUUUUCUGAAGAAUCUUCAUCCAUUCCUGAUGAAACAGCAGAUCGAGUAUGGCAUCUACAUCGUGGAACAGGCGGCCGGAUCACAGUUCAACCGGGCAUCGCUGAUGAACGUUGGUUUCGCCGAAGCCAUGAAGCAGAAAACCUGGGACUGCAUGGUGUUCCACGACGUCGACCUGCUUCCGAUGGACGAUCGGAAUCUGUACACCUGUCCGGAUCAACCACGGCACAUGUCCGUUGCCGUAGACACGUUCGGCUUCAAGCUGCCUUAUAGUACAAUUUUUGGCGGUGUAUCCGCAAUGACCGCGAAGCAGUUCCGCGCCGUUAACGGCUUUUCCAACUCGUUCUGGGGAUGGGGUGGCGAGGAUGACGACAUGUCCAAUAGGCUGAAACACAUCGGGUUCCACAUCGCACGCUAUCCUGUCAAUAUCGCACGCUAUACAAUGCUGAGCCACAAAAAGGAGAAGGCUAACCCGAAAAGGUACGAGAAGCUUGUUACCGGGGCGAAGCGAUUUGACAGUGAUGGAUUGAACUCGCUGCACUACAAGUUGAUCAAUUUGAUUCGCAAGCCGCUGUUCACAUGGGUCCACGUGGAAAUUUCGCCCGAGAACAGCUGAUGACAGUCGUUCCUGCCAAAUUGGCUGGGAUGAAAUCAAACGAUCUCGACCGGUGAGUCUAACUGACAUCGGCCGCGACCGAUCAUAAAACGGUAAGGAAUGAAUUCAGCGAGCGUCAUGUCGUGCUGAUCAGAGGUGAGUGCGGACAAGAAUCUUAUACUGAAAACGAAACCAAAAUUACUCCCGACCAAAGUGAUCGGAACGAACCGAAUCUCCUCCGCUGCAGAGAUGUGACUGUAUUUCUUUGUACUUUUGAAAAGUUCUUAUAAUGUAGCACCCUCAUUCGUUUUUUUUUUGUUUUUUUCUGAUCAUGUUAUUUUGUUUAUCUGUAUAUGUAUGGGGUGAAAUGGUAGGAGAUGCCAAGAUUGUGAGAUGAAAGUGAGAAGAUAUUACUAGGAAACUGUGUUACUUAACUUAGGCAGAAAAGGAAUCCCUUUGGAUAAUAAUGAGAGCAGGAAAGAAUUUUAUUGAUCUGGCUAGCGGAAUAAAUCAACCGUGUUCUAAACGCGAA